UUUCUAUAAAUAGCGGUGUAUUCGUGCUACGAAGCGUAAACGAGCGCGUAGAUUAUUUCGCGCGACGUAAGACGUUAAUAUAUACGCUUAUAUAUGUAUCAUAUAUACAUAAAUUGACGGUCGAGCGGUUCUUUGACGAGCGGUGUGCAUUCGGAGUUUGCGGUGUCUCCGAGUGAUUUGGAGUGAUUUUGCAAGGGAGAAACGUGAUCGAGAUAUAGUGUGUGCCUGCAUGCGACGAUAAGACCGACGUGAUCUCCACGUCGCCGGAGUCUACGAUAAUUCUCGGCCUCGAAAGCUGAGAGAGCGGGACGCGUUAUCUCCUCUUCGCGUGAACUUUGUAAAGAUGGAGAAUGAGCAGCAUCAUUACGAGCUGCGUAACAGGAGCAGAUCACGCUCGCACACUCCUAUGGUCCUAAACCGUUCUUUGCCAGAGCCAGAGGUGAUAGAGCAUCACUAUGAUCUCAGAAAUAAAAGCCGGGAAAGAUCUCAUACACCUGGAGAAGUAUCGAGUAGCAGGAGAUCUGGUUCUAGAUCGCUAACUGGUAGUAGCAGUAAAAUGCAUGAAAAAAACAUGGAACCGAUCGAAGAGAGUAAGGAAGAAUCUGUGACAGAAAGUAUAACGGACAAUCAAAGCACAAAAUCCGAGAGUUCCGCUGUUACCACAAGAAAAGCAGAACGACGAUCGGAACGCCAGAGAGCUAAAAGACAAAUAUUUGUCAAUGGUCAAAGUGAAAGUAAGGAGAAUGUAUCUAAUCAAAAGGCUGAGAAAAAGCGCAAAAGUGUUACACCACAUAGGAUACUUACCAGUGAUUACUCAUCUGAAGAAGGGGAGAGAGAAGAUCCUCCUAGUAGACCAGGAUCUGCUUAUGAGAUUUAUAAACAGGCCGGUGAAUGGUGGAAUGUUUUUCCAAAGACGGAUUAUACAUAUUCACAAGCAUCGCAAUAUCGUUAUGAGAUAGCUCCUGGUGUAUUAGCAAUGCCCAAUAUGUCGCGGCGGUCUAUACACGCGAAUGGCGAUGAAAGCAAUACCAUAUCUCAGAUCAGUCGUCAAAAUUUAAGUCAAACUACACAAAGAACGACAGAAAGUGAAAUUAAUGAUAUGGAUACUGUCGAUUUUAAGCAGGGAAGCUCUUAUUCCUUUGAUGAUGAUCACAAUAUAUCAUAUAUACCAAAUCCUUUAAUAAAAACGACUGUAAAAAAAACACACAUAGAACAGUAUAAGAGUCACAAAGAAAUAAUUUAUUCUCAGCCUGGAUAUUCUGAUUUUUCGACAAGAUAUUUGUCAUGGUCAAAAACUCCUUCAAAAUUUAUUGGAAAAUAUAAUGCGGCUGAUUCUGAUACUGAAUUGGACGAAGUUUUGACAUCAUCAUCAAUCAAGACUAACCAAAGAUGGAGGAUUGUGCAGUGGUUUACAUAUCUUACAACUUUUAUUAUUUUUUGGUUCAAAAAAACCAUUGAAUUCUUCAAAUUCAAAACUGAUAGAAGGCAGCAUUAUGGUGCACAAGCUUAUCAAUCUUAUAAUGAAUCCAAAUGGAGUGCAUUAUGGCAAGCUUUGGAUCAUUAUACACACAAUAUGUACUUCUUCUUUGUCAGAAUACUUGUACUCGAUGCUUGGUUGCUGAGUCAAUUUACCGGUGUUAGAAAAUGGCUGCAAGAGAAAGGUCCGAGGAUUUUAUGGAUUACACUUCUUCCGUUACUUUUUUUGUUUGGAGGUUGGUGCCUAGUGCAAUGUUUUUCACUUUUUUCUGACGUUAAAACUGUAUCAGAGUCAAUGACACAAAACUUAUUACCUGACAUACAACAAAAUGAUCAUAAGAGUAGAAGUAUUGAAGAGAAAUCAGUUAAUAAAGAAAUACACAUAAAUGAUUUGACUGACAAAGCUGAAUUGGUCAGCAGGAUAGAAAUACUCGAAAACGAACAAACAAAUCAAAUGGAAUAUUUUAUAAAUAUUACUCGGGUUUUGGAAGAUCGAAAACAAAAUGAUGCCGAUUUUCGGAAAGAAUACAAUGACAAGAUUGCUAAUUUGGAAAAUAAAUUGAACGUUGAUGAACUGAACAAUGUAAUGUAUAACGAGCUAAAACUUAUCAAAUACGAAUUCGAGAAACUACGCGAGCUCUACUCGGAAUUAAAAUCUUGUUGCAACAAUAAUGCAGAAUCUGUUGCAAAUCAUAAUUUAGAAAAACAUGUGGAAAGAAUUUUAUUUAGUUAUUUUCCUGGACUUUCAAAAGAAGAUCUGGCAAAAAUCAGUCAGGAUUUACUCGUAUCUUACAACAGAGAAGGUGAAACAUUUAAUAAUGAUGUUGAAAAUGCAAACGUUCACGUCUCGGAUGAACAGAUGCGCAAAAUAGCGAAGGAAGUUUUGCAGAUAUAUGAUGCGGACAAAACGGGUCAAGUUGAUUACGCUUUGGAAUCGGCAGGGGGUCAGAUCAUUAGCACGCGAUGCACUCAGCGAUACGACAUAAAGUCGAGAGCCUUUACAUUGUUCGGUUUCACGUUGUAUUACGAAAGCAAUAAUCCGCGGACGGUAAUACAGCGAAAUCCGAUACAACCUGGUGUUUGUUGGGCUUUCCAAGAUUUUCCCGGAUAUCUCCUGAUACAAUUGCGAAACGCCAUUUAUGUAACCGGCUUCACUCUGGAGCACGUCUCUAAAUUGAUUUUAUCGGACGAGAACAUGUCAAGCGCGCCUAGGAAGUUUAAUGUCUGGGGAUUGAUGAAUGAGAGCGAUCCCGAACCUGUAAAGUUUGGUGACUACGAAUUUACAUACUCUGACAAUAAUUUGCAAUAUUUUCCAGUUCAGAACACAGCAAUCAAUCAAUCAUAUGAAUAUGUAGAAUUGAGGAUACACAGCAAUCACGGACAAUUGGACUAUACAUGUUUAUACAGAUUCCGCGUUCAUGGAAGACCAGCUUAAAAAUUAAUCGAAUCAGACAAAGGUUUCUCUUUAUAAAUCAUGAUUUAAGCAAUAGUGAGAACAACUCUUUUCUGACAUGUGCCUUUAACUGUCGUUAUUAAUAAACGCAACAAAUGGCGUGAUUUUUUACAUAGCCCCUGUAAUUAUAUUGUGAAUAGAUGGACUAUUUAAUGUUUUUGUAGUAGAGAUUUUUCCACGAAGCAAAUCACGCCUUCAACUACGAUUGAAAUAUAUUGAAAACAUUGUGUAUAUACACAUAAAAUAAUAUUAGUAAUUUAUACAGAUGAAAAAAAUUGUAUGUGCAUAAUUAACAUAAUUAUGGUACAUUUAUAAAUAUCAGCCUGAUGACGUUUUAAAAUAUUGCUUAUAUAUAUAAAUUAAUAUCUUCACUCUAUGGCCUUGUUACAGUAGUUUCAUCUAAGUAAAGCGCCUUUAAACAAAAAAGCACAGUUUUUCAUAGGAAUGUGAAAGAUCAGAAGUGAAAUAGAUAAAAAAAUGAAAAGAAAAAGAAUUAUUUUGUUAGAAAUUUUGAACAUAAGAGUGUGUAAUUAGUUAUCAUAAUUAUUAUCAUGUCAUAUCAAUUUGACAGAGCAUCACUUCAAUAAGACUGACACUUCAAAAGUUACCCCAAAGCUCAGUGUGAGUCAUAAUAUUUGUAAUAACGUGACAGUACAAAUUGUAAGGAAUCAUAAUAAUUAAUUUUAGAGUUAAGGAAGGAAAUUAAAUUUUAGUUUUAAGUUUAUUAUACAUUGCAAGUGACUUUUGCCGCGAAAAAAAAACGAUUUUUGUAAAAGCCUAAAACAAAAACGCCUAGCACUAAUAUACUUGAAAUAUGUGUAUAUAUAAGAUA